AUGAUACCGCGAAUGAGAUGCACAAUAUUAUACAAGAAUCGCAUUUUUUUCGUCACGCAUACCGAGAAGCAAAUGAAUAUUUUAUUUCUGGUAAACUUCCUUCUUGAGCUGAACGAAGCGUACAUUCUUAACGCAAACGAUUCAUCAGGUCGUAACAACGAUAAACAAAAAACAAUGACGAUGACUAAAGAAUAUAACAUUAGCGCAAAACACUUACAUUCCUUAUUGGCCAAAGCUGAACGUAUACUCGUUUGUAUGCAAACGUGUCGAAAGUACGAAACGCAAGAUGAAAAAAUACUUCCACCGGUCGGCAGUCAUUCUCCACUUUUAACGCAAUCAACUGUGGUAGAAGACGAUGAUUUACCAUUCGAACUAGUUAAGCAAGACUUCGGAAGAUUAGACAGCUUCUGGCAUCGUUUAGGAUUUACUCGAGUAAUCGUCGAAGAAUUACGCAUGGAGAGGAAUCGAUUAGUAAUGCGAAGAAACGAUCUACGAGAUUCUAUAAAAUGCUGGUUUAUGAGCGAAACAUAUUUUAACGCCUAA